GUAGAUUUACUCUCAUGCAUGAAUUUGUUUAGCUGACCGUGCGGGCACAAGAUAGAAAAAUGCCUUGACAAUGUUGGUCACUUUGCAACAAAUGAUAUUGUUUUAAAUUCAAAACUGUAAAUUGAGCACUUAGAAAGUGCAUUUAACUUUGUCUCCCUUUGACUUUCUUUUCACAUUGCUUUUUUCCCCAGUUAAUUUAAAUAAAUAAAAAAUAAUACAACAAUACAGUUAGUUUUUGUUCUGAGGAAUGAGUUCCUCUGAAAGUGAUCAUUUAAAAAUUGUUGUUAUUAACUCUGGUGCAGUUUGGAGGGCCAAAAUCAGUACUAGUGCCAAGAUCAGCAAACUAACUGCGUUGGCUGUGUCACACUUUCAUGGUUCUGGUUUACAGUCCUCAUCCAAGCUUUCGCGAUUCAGGAUGGUUCUUGUCAGGACUAGAGCAGUUUUAUCAUGGGACAUGACAGUUUCAGAAGAGGAGCUGAAAGAUAAUGAUGAAAUCCUUUUAGUAGAGUGUCGAAUUCCUCCGAAACGCUCUGCACCUGAUUUAAGAGGGCCAACAUCAUUUGAAAUCAAUGAGGCCACUAAACAUUUAGCAAUGCAAAAUUCUGAAAGGUCUGGACAGAAAUCAUCUGAAGCAGAGGAUGACCUAGAUUAUGCUGAACGUUUCUCCAAGGACAGUCCCCGCAUUUUUAUAUCCUUAAUUGAGACAGGAGCACAACUUCUGAAUUUUACCCCAAACGGUAUGGAAGUUUUACAACAGGUAAAAAAGGAGUGGAAUUCAAAGAAGGACAUACCUAUUCAUAGCCCGUAUGUCAAACAACUCACAGACAUGGGUUUCUCAGAGAGGCUGGUUGUGAAAGCACUAACAGACAAAAAGAUGAAUGUUAAUGAGGCUAUGGAGUGGCUGCUUGAGCAGAGUUCUAACUCAAAAGAGGCUGACCAAGCAGAGGAACCAUCUUCUAGUCAGGCAAAGCCAAUGACUGUAUUGGAAGAAUUUCAAAAUCUAAUGCAAGCUGCCCUGAGCAGAAGGCAAGAAAAUAUUAAAUUGGAUUUGAAACUUGUUGAACGUUUAAAACAAAUGGGAUUUAAAGCAACAGAUAUUGAAAGGGCCCUAAGGGAGACUGAUAACAACAUUAAAGAAGCAGUUGCCUUACUGAAAGACAGUCCAAAUGCCAGUGCAGCAACUCAGAGCAAACAUCUGGAUCCCCAUGGUUCAAUGUUUAAAGCGAUGAUGGCAAGUGAAAUCAUUCAGCUUAAUUUAGAGAAGCCUAAGUUUCUUCUGGCUUUAUUGUCGAUACUUGAGGACCCACAAAGUUUAACAUUAUGGCUGAAAGAUCGGGAAAUUUGCUGCAUCCUGAACUACUUGAUCCUUCUGCACAACACAGAGGUCAGUGGAGGACGAAAAUUGACUUGAAAAUGAAAUGUGAAUCCCAAUUAUAAUUGAUAUUUUUAUUAACAUCAUGCCAUUGAAUGCUCAAAAUAAUUAUAAUGUAAUCAUUAGUGCUUCUUAUAAUUUUAAUUAUAUCAUGAUGAUGAGCCUUCCUUCAA